CCUUAUGACGCAAACACUGCGCGACCCUCGGCGAGGCGGUGGCGUGCGGACAUGGCUGCGCCCAGGGAGCCCGGGCCGUGUGUGCCUCCGUGGACGUGGUGCGUGAUCCUGAUCCUGGCCGCCUCGUCCGUCCCCGGGGUGCACGCGCUGAUAGAGGGGCUCUACUGCGGGGCGGAAAUCUGCUACGACGUGCUCGGCGUGAGCAGGGACGCGUCCAAGUCGGAGAUCGCCCGAGCGUACCGGCAGCUGGCCAGGAAGUACCACCCGGACAAGUUCAGGACCGGGGACCCGGGGCUGGAGGGCGAGACGCAGGAGAGCGCCGGGAAGAGGUUCCUGCUCGUCGCCACCGCCUACGAGACUCUGAAGGAUGAAGACUCUCGUAAGGAUUACGACUACAUGUUGGAUCACCCUGAGGAGUACUACCGCCACUACUAUGCCUACUACCGAAGACAACUGGCACCCAAAGUGGAUGUCAGGGUUGUCAUACUGGUCACCAUCUGUGCCAUAUCUAUUUUCCAGUACUACAGCUGGCAGAGCAGCUACAAUGAGACCAUCAAUUACCUAGUGACUGUACCCAAGUACCGCAUCCAGGCGACCGAGAUCGCCAAGCAACAGGGCCUCCUCAGCCGUGCUAAGGAGAAGGGGAAAAACCGCCGCUCCAAGGAGGAGAUCCGGGAACAGGAGGAGGAAGUGAUCCGGGACAUAAUCAAAAACAAGAUUGAUAUUAAAGGAGGUUACCAGAAGCCGAACUUUUCUGACAUCCUGCUGUGCAAAAUAGUGCUCUUCCCCUACUACCUGGUGACCUACGUGCGGUGGUACGUCUCCUGGAUUUACCGGUUCCACAUCUGUGGUGAGGAGUACGGAGAGGAGGAGAAACUCUACAUUAUCAGGUUGCACAUGAAGAUGUCCCAGUCUCAGUUUGACAGAGUGGAUGAACAGCUUCGAACAGUCUUCCUGGAGAAGCGGCUUUGGAUACGAGAUAACUUUGAGGUGUAUAAACACGAACAGGAAGAGGAAAUGAAGGUGAAAAUGGCCACGGACCACCGGAUGAAGAGGUACCGGCGCUGGAUGAAGAACGAGGGACCCGGGCGGCUCACCUUCGUCGACGACUGACGGCCCGGCGCCCGCUGCACAUUGUGGUGCCGACAUACGAUACACAACACAGAGGCGACGCGCGGCCUGUGUGACGUCACUGGCAUGUGUGCGGCAGGACGAAGUGACACAACCUGUUUACGUAGUAAGAGAUGUUGCCUAGCGACCGUAUCCGAGUCAGAAAAGACCAUAGAGAGGCGAACCUGCACGCGGAGGGCUGUAAUGUUCGAGUUUUAUUUUUUUCUUGCUCCUUUUGGAAACUCUUGUGUUUCCGGUCAUUAAUAAACGAAGAUUUUCCACUUCCUCUUCA